ACGUGGCCUCUUUCUGUGACUGACACACACUCUCAGGCUUGGACGGGGUCUUGGUCUGGGUCGGUGGGGGUCUGUAGGUUGGGGUCUGUAGUGAGAUGUCAAGCAUCUCAAAGUCUCAUGAGGUAAUUGUUUAAUUAUGUAAAGCUGGAUUUAACUCCAGUAUUUCCCAAUCCCAUUCAACUGUUGCAUUUGUGCGGCGGCCGCUGGGGGAGGGGAAGGGAGGGACAGAUGGGACGGACACAUGGUCCCUGUCAUCAUCAUCCUCCUCCUCCUCCUCCUCCUCCUCACCCCCUCCUCUCUGCCUAAUCUGAGCACUGGGGGGGGGGGGGGAGACUGUGGGUGAAAGCACCGGGCAUUCGCCUCCAUCUCUCCCUCUUUUCUGGCAGCACCCACCUCAGCCCUCAGAGCCAAAGCACGCAGGAUGUGGGCAGAAAAACAAGUUCUCCCCCUGUGAGGCUGGAAGAGGAGCAGCUGAAGCGGCGCUCAUGCUGAGGCUCUCGGCUGCAGCGGGGAUCCCAGCAGGACUAGAUUUACUGUUAAUCCAUCAGAAGGAGCGUGCGGGGACAAGCUGCUGGACUCUGGAGCUUUACUUUUUCUUUUCAUUUUUCCGCCUGGCCUGUUGAAGACUUUGUGUUCUGUUUGUGCUCUCUGAGGAUGUGAGGAUGCCAUCUUUGACGGCUCGCUGAAUACAACCUGCGAGAGCUGGAUGUUCAUGGCCAAAUGUAGAGUGAGAGCGGCCGAUGAAAAGCAGUGUAACGGCACGAUGUCAGCCGCUCAUCAGGGGAUGAACGGCAGCGGCGUGUACAACUACUUCCUCAACAUGGUGGCCUAUCAGAUCUGCUGCUGCUGUGGCCCGGCUCCCUGCUCGCUCUGCUGUGCCUUCUGUCCUCCGGUCAAGUCGUCCACCAGCACGCGGAUCAUGUACACUCUGUUCCACAUCAUGAGCUGUGCCGUCUCCUGCCUCAUGCUGUCCCAGACCGUCUCUGAGCUCGUGAGGGAAAACGUGCCUUUCUUUAACGUGGUGUGUGACCAGGCGCACGGCGGGGGGCACUGUGAGAUGCUGGUCGGCUACUCAGCCGUCUACAGAGUCUGCUUCGGCACUUCCUGCUUCUACCUGAUGAUGGCGAUCUUCCUCAUAGACGUGAAGUCGAGUCAGGACUUCAGAGCGCUCAUUAACAACGGCUUCUGGUUCCUGAAGUUCAUCACCCUGCUGGGGACGUGCACCGCUGCCUUCUUCAUCCCAACAGAGUCUUUCUUACAUGCUUGGCAUUACGUUGGUGUGGUGGGAGGAUUUGCCUUCAUCCUCAUCCAACUCAUCCUCAUCACAGCUUUUGCACACACCUGGAACAAGAACUGGUUGACCGGAGCAGAAGAGAACAAGCGUUGGUAUCUGGCGGUGACGUGUGCCACCCUCUUCUUCUACACAAUCGCCACCAUGGCCUUCACCUUCAUGUACAAGUACUACACGCACCCCAUCGCCUGUCAGUUCAACAAGGCCCUGCUGUGGGUCAACCUGGGGCUCUGCGGCCUCAUGUCCUUCAUAGCCGUCACACCGUGCGUGAAGCAGAAGCAGCCUCGGUCCGGACUCCUCCAAGCCUCCAUCAUCAGCUGUUACGUCAUGUACCUCACUUUCUCUGCGAUGUCCAGCCGCCCGCCGGAGAAAAUCGUGUAUCAGGGCAUGAACAUGACCGUCUGCUAUCCCAGCACGGGGCAAGAAGGCAUCCAGAAGGAAGGCAACGCUGUGGCAAUAAUCGGAGCGUUCAUCAUGUACUGCUGCGUCCUCUUUGCAUGUAAUGAAGCGUCGUACCUGGCUGAGAUGUUCGGUCCGUUUUGGAUGAUCAAAGUUUACCGCUACGAGUUCCAGAAAGCAACCUGCUGCUUCUGCUGCCCUGAGGAAGAGGACGCUGACGAGGAGUUUGUGAUUGACGACGAGAACAAAGGAUGUCAGAAGGUCAUUCAUAAUGAGACCCAGAGAGUGGCUUACAGCUACUUCUUCUUCCAUUUCGUCUUCUUCUUGGCCUCGCUCUACGUCAUGAUGACCCUCACUAACUGGUUCAGUUAUGAGUCAGCAGUGUUGGAGACCACCUUCACCCACGGCAGCUGGUCUACGUUCUGGGUGAAGAUGUCGUCGUGUUGGGCCUGUGUGAUCCUCUACCUGUGGCUGCUGCUCGGCCCCCUGUGCAGCUGUCAGACUGAAUCCAGACCUCGACGCUCGCGCAUCAAACGCCGCGCGGCGUCCUCCCGUCACGUAACUGUCAGCGUCUGACACUCUCUGGGAGGGUCCGGCAGGUCGGAGGC